AGCCCUGGAACUCAGCAGUGGCAAAGAUGAGAUCUCCCUGUUGGUGGAGCAGGAGUUCCUGAGCCUCACCAGAGAGCACCUCAUCCUGGUCAAAGAGAGCUCAGGGGAGCCGGAGGCAACUGGCAACUGUCCCAAGGGGACCAGAGAACCUGCUCCCUGCAUUCUCACACCUCCCCUGGUGGCAGGCAGCAGUGAACACCCAGGAGCCUCUGUCAUUGCCGGUGACAAGGUUAUGGAGCAGGUGUCCGUGUCCAUUAUUGGCAGCCGGCAGGACUGCGAUUCUGCCAUGUCUGCAGUCACGGGCAUCCUGUGUGCCACCAAAGUCAAGAGUGCCAAGGGGACAGAGGACGGGGGCCAUAGCCCGGGUGCCUCCAACUCGGAGAUCAGCAAGCUCCUGGCCCAGUUCCCGUUGAAGUCCACUGAAACGUCUAAGGCCCCUGACCACAAAAUGGUGCUGGAGGAGACAAGAGUCAUCAAGGACUUCCUGCAGAACAGCAUGUUAAGUGGCCCUGGGCCCAUGGAGCCUGGGGGGCUGGGCCCGUUCCUGCUGCUGCCACCCCCUCCUCCCCCAGGACUCCCCGACAAGCUCCCUGACCUCCCUGCUCAGAAGAGGCAGCUUCCCGUGUUUGCCAAGAUCUGCUCCAAGACCAAUGCUGACCUCACCUUGGAGGGGCUGA